AACGCUCGAUAGAAUAAUUGUCGCAUCCAUUUUAUAAAUGUCGACAACAACAAAAUGUCACUGGACAAUUUAAUGGAAACAACUAAUGAUGAUGCCUUACAGAGCAGUAGAAAUGGCUUGAUAAUGCCAACAUGAAGAUCCAAACUGGUAUCUUGAACAAAUCCACAGCCUGACAUCCCUGGGUCCUCAUUUUCGUGCACGUUGGAGUCGUCCAUUGUUUCUAUGUGCCGUCGCCCGAGCACAGUUGUCACAACCGUGCUUUGCUUUUUCAGUUUUGUUUUCGAAAAUCCUUGAAUUUCCUGUGCAAGUGAAUGCAUUGCAUCUGUCAAAUGGGUCUUUGCAAGCACAAAUACUGAGAGCCGCUAAUCUAGCUAGCAGCACAUACCAGAAAAAAAACGUUUUCGUAACAGCGUAUUGUAAUCCAAUGAAGUGCUCGCGUUUUAUUGCAAACUAACGUAUUUCCGAACGCAAGCUACCCUGUCACAAUGACACAAAUGGGAAAUAUGAACGGGAUUGUGUCACGUGAACAGAGUUGUGUUGCAGGGAGCAGCCUCGUUCUGAGCGGGGGCAACACCUAGGUAGCGAGAAAGGAAAAACAGGGAGACCGUGGGGUGGGUUUGUUAGUCUUGAUGUUUUCCUUAAAUGGACGAAUUGUAACACGAUUUUUAUUAUAGCAAGUAUUUAUUCUAUACCAACACUGUACUGCGAAGAUACAGGACACAUUUUGGUUUGAGAAACACCUUGAACAAGUAAAAUGUCACGGGGGGCAUUGCAGCCGAGCCAGCAAAAGCUGGCAGAGAAAUUUACCAUCCUUAACGACAGGGGAGUCGGGAUGCUCACCCGGAUCUAUAACAUCAAAAAGCAAGGACAAGUUUGGAAGGCAUGCAGCGACCCCAAAGCAAAGCCGUCAUACCUGGUGGACAAAAACUUGGAGUCGGUGGUUAAGUUUAUCGUACGAAAAUUCCCUGCAAUAGAGACGCGAAACAAUAAUCAACAGCUUACACAGCUUCAAAAAGAAAAGUCUGAAAUACUAAAGAAUCUAUCUCUAUAUUACUUCACAUUUGUGGAUGUCAUGGAAUUCAAGGACAAUGUUUCUGAAUUGCUGAACACUAUUGACGCUUGCCAGGUUUUCUUUGAUGUUACGGUUAACUUUGAUCUCACCAAGAACUACCUUGACUUAGUUGUCACCUACACUACACUAAUGAUGCUACUGUCCCGUAUUGAAGAGCGGAAAGCAAUCAUUGGACUCUACAACUACGCCCAUGAAAUGACACACGGGGCCAGUGACAGGGAAUACCCAAGGCUGGGCCAAAUGAUCGUGGACUAUGAGAAUCCUCUGAAAAAGAUGAUGGAAGAGUUUGUCCCUCAUGGGAAGUCUUUGUCAGACGCACUCAUCUCGCUGCAGAUGGUCUACCCCAGGAGGAACCUGUCCGCUGACCAGUGGAGGAACGCCCAGCUUCUGAGCCUGAUUAGUGCCCCCAGUACCAUGCUCAACCCGGCCCAGUCAGACACAAUGCCAUGUGAAUACCUCUCCUUAGACUGUAUGGAGAAAUGGAUUGUGUUCGGGUUUGUCCUGUGCCACGCGGUGCUGAAUACUGACCCAGCAGCGCUGAGCCUGUGGAAGCUGGCCCUCCAGAGCAGCACCUGCCUCUGUCUCUUCAGGGAUGAGGUCUUUCACAUCCACAAAGCCUGUGAGGACCUGUUCGUCAACAUCCGUGGCUACAAUAAACGUCUAAAUGACAUCAAAGAAUGCAAAGAACAAGCACUAUCGCAAGCUGGGUCCAUGCAUAGAGAAAGGCGCAAGUUUCUUAGGUCUGCCCUGAAAGAGUUGGCCACAGUUCUGUCUGACCAGCCUGGACUGCUGGGCCCAAAGGCUCUGUUUGUGUUCAUGGCACUCUCUUUUGCCCGGGAUGAGAUCAUCUGGCUCCUCCGCCAUGCAGACAACAUACAGAAAAAAAGCACAGAUGACUUCAUUGACAAGCAUGUUGCAGAGCUCAUCUUCUACAUGGAGGAGCUCCGGGCACACAUCAGGAAGUACGGUCCCGUAAUGCAACGGUACUAUGUGCAGUACUUGUCUGGCUUUGACGCUGUGAUUCUCAAUGAGCUUGUGCAGAACCUCUCCGUCUGCCCUGAGGAUGAGUCCAUCAUCAUGUCCUCCUUUGUGAACACCAUGACCUCCCUCAGCGUGAAGCAAGUGGAGGACGGAGACAUGUUUGAUUUCCGGGGCAUGAGGCUUGACUGGUUCCGUCUGCAGGCCUACACUAGUGUGUCAAAAGCCUCUCUGGGCAUCGCUGACCACCGUGAACUGGGCAAGAUGAUGAACACCAUCAUAUUCCACACCAAGAUGGUGGACUCCCUGGUGGAGAUGUUAGUGGAAACCUCAGACAUCUCCAUCUUCUGCUUCUACAGCCGAGCCUUUGAGAAGAUGUUUCAGCAGUGUUUGGAACUGCCCUCACAGUCGCGCCACUCCAUCUCAUUCCCCCUGCUGUGCACACACUUCAUGAGCUGCACCCAUGAGCUCUGUCCCGAAGAGCGGCAUCACAUUGGCGAUCGCAGUCUGUCGCUCUGCAACAUGUUCCUGGACGAGAUGGCCAAGCAGGCGCGCAACCUCAUCACCGACAUCUGCACAGAGCAGUGCACGCUCAGUGACCAGCUGCUUCCUAAACACUGUGCGAAAACCAUCAGUCAGGCAGUGAACAAGAAGUCCAAAAAGCUGACUGGGAAGAAAGGCGAGCCGGAGCGAGAGAAGCCGGGUGUUGAGAGCAUGAGGAAGAACAGGCUCCUGGUCACCAACCUGGACAAGCUGCACACGGCGCUGUCAGAGCUGUGCUUCUCCAUUAACUACGUGCCCAACAUGGUGGUGUGGGAACACACCUUUACCCCCCGCGAAUACCUCACCUCCCACCUGGAGAUCCGCUUCACCAAGUCCAUCGUGGGGAUGACCAUGUACAACCAGGCUACGCAAGAGAUCGCCAAGCCCUCCGAGCUGCUCACCAGCGUGCGUUCCUACAUGACGGUGCUGCAGUCCAUCGAGAACUAUGUGCAGAUUGACAUCACGCGGGUGUUCAACAACGUGCUGCUGCAGCAGACUCAGCACCUGGACAGCCAUGGGGAGCCCACCAUCACCAGCCUCUACACCAACUGGUACCUGGAGACCUUGCUCCGGCAGGUAAGUAACGGCCACAUUGCCUACUUCCCUGCCAUGAAGGCUUUUGUCAACCUGCCUACGGAGAACGAGCUCACCUUUAAUGCUGAGGAGUACUCCGAUAUAUCCGAGAUGAGGUCACUCUCAGAGCUGCUGGGACCCUAUGGCAUGAAGUUCCUCAGCGAGAGCCUCAUGUGGCACAUAUCCUCCCAGGUGGCAGAACUCAAGAAACUGGUGGUGGACAAUGUGGAAGUUCUGAACCAGAUGAGGACCAGCUUUGAUAAGCCAGAGCAGAUGGCUGCCCUCUUUAAAAAGCUCUCAUCUGUUGACAGCGUCCUGAAAAGGAUGACUAUUAUUGGAGUCAUCUUGUCAUUCCGAUCACUGGCCCAGGAAGCACUCCGCGACGUGCUGUCCUUCCACAUUCCUUUCCUGGUGAGCUCCGUCGAGGAUUUCAAGGACCACAUUCCCAGAGAGACUGACAUGAAGGUGGCCAUGAAUGUGUAUGAGCUGUCGUCUGCAGCAGGCCUGCCCUGUGAGAUAGACCCAGCCUUAGUGGUGGCCCUUUCUUCACAGAAAUCAGAAAACAUAAGCCCAGAGGAGGAGUAUAAGAUCGCCUGUCUGCUCAUGGUCUUCGUUGCCGUUUCCAUGCCAACUCUGGCCAGCAACGUCAUGUCUCAAUAUAGCCCUGCAAUCGAAGGACACUGCAACAAUAUUCACUGUCUGGCGAAAGCUGUCAACCAGAUAGCUGCUGCCUUGUUCACCAUUCACAAGGGAAGCAUUGAAGAUCGUCUCAAAGAAUUUCUGGCUCUGGCAUCUUCCAGCUUGCUGAAGAUUGGCCAGGAGACGGACAAAAUGACGACACGAAACAGGGAGUCUGUGUACCUGCUGCUGGACAUGAUUGUACAAGAGUCUCCAUUCCUCACCAUGGACCUCCUGGAGUCAUGCUUCCCCUACGUGCUACUGAGAAACGCUUACCAUGCCGUCUACAAGCAGAGCAUCAACUCAUCUGCAUAAGUCUCCUCUUCAGAACAUAAGUCCCUCACAUGGGACAUCAAGUGGACCACAGGAGCCUUGCUAACAUAAACUGCCGUGUGCGCUCAUUUCACUUAGUCUUAAAACUACACUAUGAAAUUGUGUGAUACAUGUUUUUCUCCUAGUGAAAUUGCAUUAAUGACCUGUCGUUUCCUAAAAGAGUCAUACAGUAGUAACCUAUGAGUUUUGCUUGAUUAAAAAAAAAAAAAAAAAAUUUACACUACUAAAUUCAUUUUUUUAAUGAAAAGCAUCAGUUUUUUAACAUGAGAAAAAUGUGUAAUGGAAAAAUAACAAUCUCUGAUGUUUGGGGGCUGAAUUUUAAAUAUCUUUAUUAUUAAUAAUGCAAACAUGUUGCCUGUUUAUUGACCGAAGCUUUAAUGAUUUUAUUUAGGUGGUUCUAGAUUUUUAUGGGUUAUUCUGUGUUUUUUUUUUACAGUUUGGUUUUUAUAUUUGCCAAAUUAUUGACACAAAUGCGUCUGAUUUGGUUUGAUACUCAACAUUGUUGCCAGUAGCUAUAUAAUAAGAUGAACAGAUGGUGUUUGUACAAAGCAUAGUAUAAUUUUUUUACUAACUCAUGAUGCCUCAGUGUCAUUAACUCACCAUUGUACCUGCCCAUAUGGUAUAACAUUUCUUGCAUAUUUAUGGAAUGUUUAUAAAUUGUUCUACCUUAACCACUUUGUUUUACAUUUUUGAAAAUUACACUAACUUCCAUAACAUAAAUAAACAAUAGGUUAUAUCAAACUGC